UUUGUGACCAAAACGCGAGUGAAUUCUUUCAUCUCUGCGUGUGUUGUUCUGCCUUGCGUUAAGUUAAAAACUUAUACCUUCUUGUAUAAAGAAAAAUAAAGAAAGAAAAUAUAAAACAUAUUUAAUUAAUUUCAAGUGAUUUUAUGCUGUUAAAUAAAAAUGGAUAAAAUUUCCUAAUAUUUCGAAAUUCGUUUCUUUUGGUUCCUUUGAAUAUCGGAAAAUAUAGUUUUUUCAUCCCUGAAAAAAAGAAAAAGCUCUACCAAAAUGUCGGUCCGACGAGAAAAUAACUGAAACCCAAACCGCCCCGUGACGUCGAAGGAUAAUACAUUUUUGCAGAUACAUUUUAAUUAAAUAUAAAAAUUAAAAACUAAAAUAAAAGGAUUUCUAAAAUAUCGAGACUUAACAAAAUUAAAAACGAGAAAAAAUUCAGCAAGACAAAACAUCACGGAUCCUCGAGAAUUCCACUUCAGUUCGUGUUUUUAUAUUAGAAUAAAAAAUGCCUCCAAAUACCCAAGUCGAGGAGACAGUGCCGCAGGUCGGCGAGGAGCUCAAAGUGGAAGAAACAACUAAAGAGCCACAUCAAAGUCCCUUUAGGGCAUUACAACAAACGACUAUGGCAUCAAAAAUAACCACAACACUAGGCGGUGAAGAACCAGAAGGCCCAACAACGACUGGUGUACCAUUUGAAGAAAAAGUCGAAAAAGUUGGCAAAGAAGCUGUCGAAAUCACAGAAAAACUAGCACACAAAGUUGGAAUACCAACAUGGGGUGUUGUGGCGAUUAUAAUUGCUGUCUGUCUUGUUGUCCUUGGAUUGGUAUUCUUUUGUGUUCGAAGAUUUUUGAAAAAACGACGAACCAAAGAUGGUAAGGGUAAGAAGGGGGUCGAUAUGAAAUCGGUCCAACUUCUAGGCUCUGCGUAUAAAGAAAAAGUUCAGCCUGAUAUGGAGGAAUUGACGGAGAAUGCUGAAGAACAAGACGAUGGAGAGAGCAAGCAGAGUGAAGUAAAAUUAGGAAGAUUAAAUUUCAAGCUCGAAUACGACUUUAAUUCAAACAGCUUAGCGGUAACAGUUAUCCAGGCGGAGGAUCUACCAGCCCUUGAUAUGGGUGGUACAUCAGAUCCUUACGUCAAAUGUUACCUGCUUCCGGAUAAAAAGAAAAAAUUCGAAACCAAAGUCCAUCGUAAGACCUUGAGUCCUGUCUUCAAUGAAACAUUUACAUUUAAGAGUUUACCCUAUGCUGACGCUAUGAACAAGACCUUAGUAUUUGCGAUCUUCGAUUUUGAUCGUUUCUCCAAACAUGACCAAAUUGGUGAAGUCAAGGUGCCCCUAUGUACGAUUGAUUUGGCGCAAACUAUCGAAGAAUGGCGUGAUUUGGUCAGCGUCGAAGGCGAAGGUGGACAGGAAAAGCUUGGUGACAUCUGCUUCUCUCUGCGUUACGUACCGACUGCUGGAAAACUUACUGUCGUCAUUCUGGAAGCUAAGAACUUGAAAAAGAUGGACGUCGGUGGAUUGUCUGAUCCAUAUGUGAAAAUUGCUAUCAUGCAAAAUGGAAAACGUUUGAAAAAGAAGAAGACAAGUAUCAAAAAAUGCACCCUCAACCCUUACUACAAUGAGUCGUUCUCAUUUGAAGUUCCAUUUGAACAAAUACAAAAAAUUCAACUUGUGGUUACUGUUGUGGAUUAUGAUCGUAUUGGUACAUCUGAGCCAAUUGGAAGAUGCAUCCUUGGUUGCGCUGCUACUGGCACUGAAUUACGACAUUGGUCUGAUAUGUUGGCAUCACCGCGACGGCCAAUUGCUCAAUGGCACACGCUUAAGGAUCCUGAGGAGACCGAUGCUCAACUAGCUGCAAUGAAAUAAGCAGUUUCUCAUAUAAGACCUAAAAUAUAAUUAUUAACAACAAAACAAAAAAUAGUAAACAUCACACAUAAAUUAUAGGAAAUGAUGAGAUAUACCUAAAAGAAAAAUGAAAUGUUUUUAAAAAAAUUACUUAAAAACAAUUAAAUGAGAAUAUAUUAAAUGUGUAAUUAAUGCAAGAUGACAUCAAUGGAACAGUUCUAACAGAUACCAGAAACAUAAGAGAGGAACACACCAAAAAGAAUCUCAUUAAAGCUGAAAAUAAUAACAACAACAUUAAUACAGCAAUCAACUGAAGAAGAAAAUUCAUCAUUUCAAGAAAAACAACAACAAAACCCUAUCAACAAAAUCACAACAAAAAAAUAUGUCUCCUCAUUUCUUCACUUCCGCAUUAUUUAAAAAUAAAAAUAAACUACAAAAUUCAACAUCACCGCAAAAACAACAAAUUCAUUCCCCCUCAUAAAAAUAUGAAAUUCCUAACAUUUCCAUUUUAAUUAUAAAACAAAAAUUAUAUAAAUUACAAAUAAAAGAAGAAAAAACAAAAAAAGUAUUUAUUAUUAUUAUUAUUGUAUUUUUAAUAAUAUUUUAAAUAAAAUCAAAAAACAAAAAUACAAAAUUCGUUCAAUAUACAAACAAACAAAACUGAAGUGCAAACUGUUUUAGAUUUGCUAUAACAACAACAAAAAUGUUUAAAUUAAAAUUAAAAUCUUUAAAAAAAACCCAAAAACAAAAAAAACUUUAACUCUUUCCCAACAAAAAAUACGAAAAAUUAAAUAAAUAAUUUAAAAAACAAAAAACAUAAAAAUUUAACAGAAAAAAAAUCGACAAACAUGUUUGCAGUUUAUAUUAUUAUUAUUAAUUAUCAUCAUUACGACUGUUUAUAAUAUUUAAAAAAAAAUACAAAAUUUAUGUCUCUAUUUAUGCAAAAAAAACAGAGUUUAGAGUUGAUUAGAUAAUAUUUAUAAAUAAUAAAAACAAAACAUCGUAAACAAAAAUCAUUGCGAAUCAUUUAAACAAACAAAACCAGAAACUAACAACUUUAAUACAUUAACACUAAAACAACUCGCAUAUUAGUUUCAUCCCAUUUUUAACAUAAAACAAAAUUUUUAAAAAGUUUUAUUUUGUUCUCCAUUGUGAAAUAAAAUUUUCAUUUGCAGUAAAAUAAUGUUAAAUUUUUAUUAUAUUCCAACAAAAAAAACAACAAAUAUUAUUAUAAUUAAACUUAAGUAAAAAAUAAAUAUUGAAAAUAAAACUGUUAUGUAAAUUUUAUUAAUAAUUGUGUAAGUAUAUUAAAAAAUAAAAACAAAAUAAAAAUAAAUAAAUAAAUUCAACUGUAAAAAUUAGCAACACAACAAACAAAACAAAAAAAAGUACUAAUAUUAUUAUUAUAAAUAUAAAAAUAAAGUUAAACUUUAUUCGUGAUUUACUGAAUAUAAAUAUAUAUAUCAUUUUGCUAAGUUAUCUUUUUUAUUUAUAAAACAUAAAUUAAAUGAAAUAAUUGUUUGUUAAAUAUUUAUGAUUAUAAACUUAUGACAAAUAUUAAAUAGAAUAUUAUUUACUCUCAUACUCCGUCUUGGUAUUGUUGUAUUAAAACUAGUUGAAUUUGGAAUUUAAAUUUAAAAAAAAACUCCGUUAAAUAAAAUUAAAAACAAAAACUUAACAAAACAAACAAUUUUUUUGAGUUAUUUCUGGUAUGAAUGAAGGUUUGAUUUCUUUUUUACUGUGGUUUUUGUUUGAAUUUAUUUAAAAAUCAAUGGCAAACAAAAUAUAUAAUAUAAUCCAACGAUAAAUAUACUAAUAGGUUUCAUUCACUUAAAUAUCUUUUCUUUUUUUUUAUUUAUUACAAAAAAGUGCAAUAUUCAUUAUAUACUUUUAGGGUCAGAUAAAAAUUAUCGUGACUUAAAAAUGUAAUUCAAUACAAACAUUGUUUUUCAGUCAAUAAAACUUGAUUUUAAAUCAAAAUGGAGGCCUUCUUUAUCUUUUAUUUUUGGAAAAGAAUCCUUCUUUCCACGUGAUUUUAAUCAUUAUUAAUUAAGCUUCAACAAAAAAAAGCAAUAUCCUAAAAGAAGGCAAUGAAAAUUAAUCGAUUAGGUUCGAAGAUUAACUAAGUGGUUUGAGGCACAGCUAAUUUUUUUAUAAAUUAUUUUAUUUGUAUAUUUCAAGCUCUAAGCCUGCUUAGACCUUAAAACUUCUUCUUCCAUUUAAUACAAGUCAAACUUAAGAAACCAAAAGUUUGAAUUCGAAACGGAAACUUUAAUUUCCGCCAUUCGAUUUGAUUUUUGACACGAAAAAAUCACACAAAUUUAUUUAAAUUUUUGUUAAUUGCGUGAAUUUUCUGUAUAUCUAUUUCUAUAUACUACUGAUUUCCUUAUUCUCUAUAAUUAACAUUUUAUAUGUAUGUAUUUAAAAUUAAAAACAAAAUAUAUAUAUAAAAAUAAUGAAAUAUUAAGAACAAUAAUAGCUAUUACUUAUUUAUAAACAAAAAAAGACAAAACAAAAAUUAAAUAUUAUACACAAUAAUAAUAAAUUCUUUAUAUAUAUAAAUAAAUAUAUAUAUAUAUAUAUAUUUAAAAAAAUCAAUCUUUUCUUAAGAGAAACCAAAAAUAAAAUUGAAAAAUUAAAAAUAUUAUAUUGAGCAACAAAAAAAACAACAACCAUAAAAUAUAUAUAUAUAUAAAAAAUUACCUAGAUGUUUUGUCAUGUAUAAAUAUUAUGAAAUUAAGUUUAAAUAUUUAAAAAAAAACAACAAAAUAAUAACAAAAACAAUGUAAGAUGUCUCACAGAGUGUGUGUAGUUACGCGGCGGAAGACACACUUUACACGAAUAAUAACUAAACAAAAUUAUGUAAAAUAUAUUUCACAAAAAAAGAAAAAAUCAAGAAUAUACAAAUGGGAUAGAGUUUAUUAAAUGUAAAAAAAUAAAACAUAAAUAAAUACAAAGUAUAUAUAUAUACAACAAAUUUAAAUAAAAAUAAACUAUAUUCAUGAA